ACCAAGAUGGCUGCGCCCAUGUGAACGGUACGGCAUGAAGGAUAUUUCUCACAGAUCUGUCAACUAGUCGCUAUUAAGUUACCGUGACCGUUUAACAAUGUCGAAGAUUACAAAAGUAGCAAAGGCUGCCAAGAAGACAGAUGUAGGCACUACAAUUCGAGCCAUAGUCCGUGCAGGACAGGCAGCUCCCGGUCCGCCACUUGGACCCAUCCUUGGGCAGAGAGGAAUUUCCAUAGGUCAGUUCUGCAAAGAUUUCAAUGAGAGGACCAAGGACAUCAAAGAAGGAAUCCCUUUGCCAAUUAGGAUCAUCCCUAAGCCUGACCGGACAUAUGAACUCAAAAUACAUCAGCCUACAGUCUCUUACUUCUUGAAGGCUGCAGCUGGUCUUGAGAAAGGAUCUGGGAAAACAGGUCAUGAGGUGGCGGGCAUGGUUUCUGUGAAGCAUAUUUAUGAGAUUGCUAAGGUGAAAGCAAAGGAUGAGAGCUUUAUCCUGCGGAACAUGUCAUUGGAGAACGUCGUCAAGUGUAUCAUUGGCAGCGCACGCUCCUUAGGCAUCAAGGUUGUUCAUGACCUGUCUGCCACAGAAUACCAAACAUUUCUCCAGGAGGUGGAAGAGAAGCGCAAAGCAGAGGAGGCAGCAGCAGUGGCGGCGGCGUCGGCAUCAUCAACAGAUCUCACAUCUGCUGGAAAGAAGAAAUAAGAACGAGAGAGGCCAUCAUCAAUCCGUAUUUUUAAAAUGCUAGAAAGCAAGCAACUCCUCUCCAGUUUCCUUUUGCUACAGCUUGUAAUUUGGAGAGAAUGAGGUCUGAUGCCAGUAAAGAGUAAUUGUUUUAAAGAUUAUAAAUUCCUCUUUUUGUCAGCCUUUUCUCAUUUGCAAUAGUCAUGUCAUGGCUUAUUUUUUCUCACAGUUUGCAUUGAAGUCACACAAUAUUCUUUCAGUGGUUUAGGACCUUCUGAUAAGAUCAGUAAUAAGUACAUUAAGUCCUUAACUGCCUUUUGCAAGCUGUACAUUCUUACAUUCUCUAAAUUCAUUUUCUCUCUCAUGUAUUUAAUAAAUUUUUUUCUACUGAAAA